AAACAGGCCAAAAGAUACGACAUCUACCAGAACGGGUCUUGCACCACCCGAGAGCCCACCCUGGACUACCUGGGCUUUAUGCGGCGAGGCACCGAUGGCCGGCCGGCACUGACCACGGUCAACCAGGUCUUCCGCUUCGGCCGCUCCUUCCAGCAGACCUACGUGGGCACGGCAACGGUCAGGGGGAUCCCCACCAACCACUGGACCUCAUGUCAGGAGUGGCCAGCCCUAGGCGCCAAGUUUCAGCUAGACUACUACUUCUCCCACCCCGACUACGAGACAGCCUCAGGUCUGACCCAGAUCCCUGUGCGAGCCGUACUCAACGGGUCCGCCCACAACUUUGGCAUGUUCCCCGCGGGAAGGGGUCAUGGGGGUCGCAGGGCUCGCAGUCGUGGGGGUCACAGGGGUCACAACAGGCCGGCGGUGACGUCAGCAAGGAGGACUAUCGGCUCAUGUCUGUGAGCAAGGUGGAGGACUUCCAAUCUGGAGUAGUCUAUCAUAUCGACAAGGGCAGGAAAACGGUGCGCCAGAUGACCGUGGAUGCGUGGGCGAUGGAACAUGACGGCAUCACACAGGAACUCUACUUCCUGCCCAAAGACCUUCCUCUGAGGCGGGGAGGCAACUUUACUUUCUCACAACAACCGCCAGGUGGCAGCAGCGGUAGCAGCAGCAGCAGCAGCAGCUCGUCCCCUCGUGGCCGCCGUCGGUUCCUGCCGUACCCUGUGCUGGUGGGGAUGUUCCUCAAGAACAACACGGUGGUGGGGCCACGUGACCUCUCUAGGCUCUUCCGGGAGUUCUUCUCGCCGGACGCCAUGCAGUGGGAGGGAGGCACCGGCCGGAACAGCCACUGGGACACCGGCGCCGCACGCCCUACUAGGCAGCCCGGAGACACUUCGCAACAGCAGCAGCCGUCCCGGAACCCCAAUUUCCCGGACUGGAGUCAGCUGACCACGAGUGACCAGCUGGCGUGGGGCGCCCGCCUGGAGCGGAUGCUGGACCGGAACAUCGGCCAGAAGUUGAUCAACGUGUUCCACUACCACCCGGAGGUGCUGGAGAGCGCCAACUUCCAGGUGUCGCUGUGCUUCGCGCCUGAGGAGCAGAGCCAGGUGAUGAUUGUGGUGCAGGCGAGCUACGAGGAGAACGUGGUCACGCGCUUCGCAGCCUUCUCCAACGCCAUGCGCCACGCCAUCGCCGAGACGUCGGGACUGUCAGCGGUACAGGUCAGCAACCUCAUCCCCGUGCCGCUCAAGAGCAAGUCCGUGGGCCUGGACGCGACCUCCGUGACCUUCACCCUGCUGGGCAAGCCACCCGUGAGGGGACUCGGCGACCAGGCGUCGCUCACACACGCCAAGUCUAAGCUCACGUCCGCCAUACAGAGGGGGAUCAGCUUCAACGUGCAGUACAGCGAGCACUCAAAGUCCUUCAUGGUGGACAAACGGAUGUACCGGCUGGACUACGACAAGUACAAGCUCCCCACCGGCUCCUUCGGUACGCAGAACAACAGCAGCAGCAACAACAACAAAAAAUACGACGACAACAACAACAAUGUGGACCCAGCCACCGGACUCUACAACGCGGGCGCCGGGAAGAAGCAGCCCGCCUCCACAAAGGAAGCUAGCGGCUACUCGGGGGCUGCCGUGGCUGGGGUGGCCAUCACGAUGCUGCUGGUGGGCAUGGCUAUCAGUCUGGGCGGGGCUUUCUUCCUGUACCGGCGCCGGCACCCGGGCGAGUCUGUCAUCCCGUACAGGCACCAGACGUAGGGAGGGUGGAAAGUGGUGGAGGAGGAGGAGGAGGAGGCGAGAGAGAGGAAGGGCCGGAUAAGGCGAAAAGGGUGGUGGAGGAGGCGGAGGAGGAGGAGGGGGGAGAAGGAGAAGAGGGGAAAGGGGGACAAAGGACGAUAGGGUGUACGAACUUGAGUUUGUGGAGGAGGAGGAGGAGGAG